AUGAUAGCAGCGGAGGCCUCAGGCUGCCAGGUGCCCCACCGGCCCUGGGUGUCCAUCUGGUGGGUGGCUUUGCUGCUGCUUCUCCUUGGCACGGUGAUGGGCUGCCUCAUCUGCAGUGUGCGCCUCACCCGAAAGCAGCAGCUGGAUUCAACUGGGUGGGACUUAGCGGAGCUGCAGCUGAAUCACACAGGAUCGCGGCAGGACCCCAGGCUGCGCUGGCAGGGAAGCCCAGCCCUGGGCCGCUCCUUCGUGCAUGGGCCAGAGCUGGACAACGGGCAGCUGCGUAUCCAACGAGAUGGCAUUUAUAGGCUGCACAUCCAGGUGACCUUAGCCAACUGCUCUUCCUCUGCAUGGACCGCCAAGCCCCUUAGCGCCACCCUGACCGUGGCCAUCUGCUUCCCCACAGCCCACAGCAUCAGCCUGCUACGCCUCAACUUUCACCACAGCUGCUCCGUCUCCUCCCAGCGCCUUACUUUCUUAGCCCACGGGGACAUUCUCUGCACCAACCUUACUCUGCCUCUGCUGCCCUCCAGAAAUGCUGAUGAGACUUUUUUUGGGAUUCAGUGGGUGUGCCCUUGA